AUGCCAGGAAUCUAUGUUAUGGACGUGGCUAUCUUCGGAGCAACGUGUUCUCCAGCAUCCGCUCAGUUCGUGAAGAACAAGAAUGCGAAAGAGUUUGAAGACCAGUAUCCGCGAGCAGUUGAAGGUAUCGUUAACAACCACUACGUUGACGACUCGUUGGAGAGCUACAGUAGUGUGGCCGAAGCCAUACGCGUGUCGGAAGAAAUGCGGAUGAUUCAUCAAAACGGAGGUUUCGAGUUGAGGAACUGGCUGUCGAACAAGGAAGAAGUGCUGCGUAGUCUAGGUGAAACAAAGCCAUCCGUUGAUAAGAACAUCGGUCCAGACAAUAAGGAGUUUGAACGUAUACUGGGGUUGCUGUGGAUGACCAAGAAAGAUGAACUUUGCUUAGCUACAUCAGUACAAGAACCAAUUCAAAAAUUAAUCGAUGAGCACUAUCAGAAGCUUCAGCUGCACACGUUCGUCGACGCCAGUGAGGUGGCCUACGCAGCUGUAUCGUAUUUCCGUAUAACGAAUCCGGACGGGGUUGUGGAAUGCAAUCUAAGUGCGACAAAGACUAAGGUGGCACCACUAAAACCGUUAUCGGUACCUAGAUUAGAGCUACAAGCAGCAGUAUUGGGAAUCCGUUUAAUGCAGUUCGUCGAAGAAAGUCACACCGUGAAGAUUCAGCAACGUUUUGUUUGGAGUGAUUCAGCAACUGUUCUAGCUUGGUUACGUGCUGAUCAUCGGAAAUAUAAACAGUUCGUGGCGUGUCGCGUAGGCGAGUUGCUGACAGCAUCCGAAGUUCGCGAAUGGCAAUGGGUGCCAUCAAAACUUAAUCCUGCAGAUUUGGCCACUAAAUGGGGAAAGGGUUACGCUCAAGAUGUGAAUGGCGCUUGGUUCAGCGGACCAGAAUUCCUGAAGAAUCCGGAAUCUGAAUGGCCAAAACAGAAAACCACUUUGCUGUCUACAGCUGAAGAUCUGCGUCCGUGUCAUACGCAUCACAUAGUCGGCGGCAGCAUCAUUAAUUGGAGGCGAAAGCCAAAGGGUGAAGAAUCGAUCACUGGGUACUUGAAGUCGGACGAACUGCAAAAUGGUUUACGGACGAUUAUCCGCCUAACGCAAUGGCAAGCUUUCCCGGAUGAAAUGGUUCUCCUCACGCGAAAUCAACAAAGGUCGGAGGAGCAUCAAGUGCAGUUAGAAAAAUCGAGCCUGUCGAGGCUGUCACCAAUGUUGGAUGAAUUCGGGAUACUCAGAAUUGAUGGACGCAUCACAGCAGCUUCGAACGUAACUGAGAAUACCAAGUUUCCUAUCAUUCUUCCCAAGAAACAUCGAUUCACCUUUCUUCUGCUGGACGAUUACCAUCGAAGAUUUCGCCAUUGCAACAUGGAAACCGUGGUAAAUGAGGUGCGCCAACAAUACUAUGUACCUCAACUAAGGGUCGCAGUAAAACAGGUCGCAAAAGCCUGUCAAUGGUGUAGAAUCUAUAAGGCAAAACCGAAUAUGCCAAGAAUGGCUCCGCUACCGUCGGUACGAUUAGCAUCGUUCCAGAGGCCAUUUACCCACACGGGCCUCGAUCUCUUCGGACCAUUGUUGGUGAAAAUUGGUAGGGGUACGGCGAAGCGGUGGGUUGCUGUAUUCACCUGCCUCACCAUUCGUGCUGUCCACGUUGAGGUGGUACACAGUCUCAGUACAGAGUCUUGCAUCAAAGUCAUCCGUAUGUUCAACCAAUUUUCGAAGAGCAAAUCGCCUCCUGGUGCCUGGGAGCGAAUGGUACGCUCAAUCAAAACAGCCAUGGAUGCUGCGUUCAACAGUCAUGGAAAGCUGGACGACGAAACGUUAGUAACGCUAGUGGUAGAAGCAGAAGCAUUAGUGAACCGCCGUCCGCUGACGUACCUGCCGAUCACCUCCGAAGAAAGCGAAGCUUUGACCCCGAAUCUUUUUCUGCUGGGCAGUUCAAGCGGAGUACAUCAGUCAGCAGAUGGCAACGUAGUGGCCGUUUUGCGGACAUCAUGGGAUCAAAUCCAACUCCACUUAGAUACUUUCUGGAGGAGAUGGAUCAGAGAGUACCUUCCAACCCUGACCAGGCGUACGAAGUGGUUUGGAGAUGUGAAAGCUGUGUGA